GAAAGCCUCUGCGAGCUGACUCGGAUCCCACCGGCCCGACCUCUUAGGGCAGCCUCGCUUGGCUUGAGCUUGUUCUAUUUUUAUUGCCUUUCAUUUUUAUCUCUCAUUUUAAAAAACCCUCUUAGAAUUUCUUGGUGAUUCCCAGUCAUGGAGGUAGUGCAACCCAAGGACCUGGAGAAGUACUGUGGCCUGGCCAAAAGGAGUCAUGCGGAGCUGUGCAGACAGAAACGAAUCUUCAAUGCCAGGAACAGGAUCAUUGGGGGAGACACAGAAGCCUGGGAUGCUCAGGUUUGUGACCAAAAGAUAAAAGAAGCUACUGAAAAAGCUAGACAGGAAACCUUUGCUGCUGAAAUGAGGCAAAAUGACAAGAUCAAGUGCAUAUUAGAAAACCGGGAAAGGAGAGAUAGGAAAAAUCUCUGUAAAGCUAUCAAUGACUUCCAACAGAGCUUCCAGAAGCCAGAAAGUCGCCGUGAAUUUGACCUCUCUGACCCCCUUGCCCUUAAAAAAGAUCUUCCAGCCCGGCAGUCAGAUUUCGAUGCUCGGAAUACAAUAUCAGGGAUGCAGAAAUUCAUGGGAGAGGAUUUAAACUCCCACGAGAGGAAGAAAUUUCAACAGGAACAAAACAGAGAAUGGUCCUUGCAACAGCAAAGGGAAUGGAAGAUAGCCCAGGCUGACCAAAAAUGCGCAGAGGACCUCUACAUGAAGACAAGGCUGCAGUUUGACGAAACUGCCAAGCAUUUACAGACUCUGGAAAGCACCACCAGAAAGGCGGUUUGUGCCGCUGUGAAAGAAUUCAACAAGAGCCAGGCCUUGGAGUCAGUGGAAAAGAAAAUUCAAGAGAAAAAACAAGAACAAGAGGACAAUCUGGCUGAGAUCUCCAGCCUGCUGCGAGGGGACCUGCUCUCAGAGAACCCGCAGCAGGCUGCCAGCUCCUUCGGGCCCCACCGCGUGGUCCCCGACCGCUGGAAGGGCAUGACCCAGGAGCAGCUGGAGCAGAUCCGCCUGAUUCAGAAACAGCAAGUCCAGGAGAAGCUGAGGCUCCAGGAAGAAGAGCGCCAGCGAGACAUGGACUGGGACCAGCGGAGGGUUCAGAGGGCUCGCGCCACCUUGCUGUUGGAGCGCCAGCGGCAGCGCCAGCAGCGUGACCUGCGCAGAGCCCUGGACUGCAGCAACCUCAGCCUGGCCAAGGAGCAGCUCCUGCAGAGAAAAUACAUGAAGGAUGUUUGUACAAAUCAGCCCACUGAAGAUUAUUUCACACAAUUUAAUACAAGCAGUCGUUAAUGAAAAAAAAUCAUCUUCUCUCUAACUCGUUUACGUAUAAAGUGCAGCAACCUUGAAGAGUCACUGUUAAAAAAAA